UGUCUCUUAGUCAUCGUAUGUAAACAAUCAUAAACCAUCAUUAUUAUAUGAAACAAAGACGAAACAAGAAGGAGAAUGACUCUGAAUGGCGAAAACCAGCCUGGUUGGGAGGAUUUGCCUGAGAUAAUUUUUGAGGAAAUAUACAGUUAUCUAACUCCAAAACAAAGACAUUUAGCAUCCCAAGUAUGUUCCACGUGGUAUGCUGCAUUUUACUCUCCGAGAGUAUGGGAAACAUUCAUUUUAGAGAAAAAAUCUUUGACAAGGAGAAGGUUUAACUUCUUUAAAGGUAUCCAACGAGAAUUGUGUCCUAGAAAAACUCAGAUGUGCCUUUACCAAGUUGGAAGAUAUUUCAAGAAAAUGAAAAUUGUACCAACAAUUGACUACUUCAACGUGUACGAAUUUCUCCGAAUUUUACAAGCAUUUUUAUCGUUUUAUGAAGACUAUCCGAUGCCUUUGUUAAAGACAUUUCAUUUCACAUUUGCAUGUGAAAGUUUUGAUAUAAGUGGACGACAGAUUCACGGCACAGGAGGAAAGAUGCUUGAAGGUCUAAAAUCUUUAAUGGAAGCUCUUAAGGGUGUUAAGUAUUUUACAGUUAAUCAGCUCAUGUUGGCAAACGACGACCUUGAUGGAGUUCUUGAAUCGGUCAGUAAACAAUGCUCACAAUCUAUCACACGUCUUGAAAUCUUAGAUUUUAGUAGUAGUCCUUACCCUCUGACAGCAAUAGUCAAUUGCUUUGAGAAUUUGCAGACAUUAGUUCUGGGACCCCAUAAUGUGGAUGACGAAGUUGUGCUUUUACUGGCAGGGACUGUGUUGAAUGAGCUUCAACUUGUCCAAGAUAGGUAUACAUGUGAUGCUUUACCUGUUUCUGCAGAUGCUUGGAGAUUGGUCAGAGAAAUGGCACCACAUUUGAAAGUGUCGCUUGAAAUAAGAGGCAGGACAAAGGAUGAACUGUUGCUACAGCCUCAUGCACCUGUAUAUAAGAUCGUUCUAGCAACUCCAACUUACAGAAUUACAGACCUCUUAAUGACCUCUGUCAUCUACAAUUAUCAAUCAACACUUGAAAUAUUUGCUCAAAAGGUAUUCGUUCGUGGUUCUAGGUCAUUUCACGAUCGAUGUGAUACCUCGGUGUUGUCACUUGUUAGACAUUGUCCAAAACUGCACACAUUAAUCGUCAGUGAACGUAUGUCAACAAUGACUGUCAUCCUUCUUGCAGAAGAAGGCAACUUAGAAAAUCUUUACGUUCGACGCUAUGCCCUCAUUAAAAAAGCGGAUUGGCCACGAUGCAGCAACUGGACUAUGGAGUUUUAUAGAGGUGUUAAAUACAGUGCAUGGAGUUAUGGAAGAACAAGGGAACGAAUAGAAAAGAUUUAUGACAAAAGAUGGUCUUUUCUCAGAGACAAACAAUUUUCUGCAUUGUAAACUUGUUACUGAUUGUCGUAUAUUUAUCCAGUAUUUGAUCUCUGCUUGCCCUUUUUAUACAGUUGUUGUCUGUUUAUUAAGAAAAAAUGUUGUCGAUACUA